CAGCAAUUCCAGCGCUUUGAAGUGAGAAUCUCAUUCAUCUUGGCCUGCAAAGACGGUGGGGGAUGGGUACGGCAACAAACUCCACAGCCAAACAAAACGGGCCUGCACGCAAAAAAAAAAAAGUGUCCGACACGGAAUGAAAUAUCCAUCCAUCCAUCCAUCCAUCCAGGAGCAUAGUCCAACCUCUGCUGGCAAAGCAGCAAUAACACUCUGGACAUGGAAUCUUCUUCCUCAAUACAAUGCAGCUCAAAGAAGAGACAGAUCCAAACCCCUGCAGCACAAAAGAUGGUCAAAAGGCCAAAGACGGAGCUGGAGGAAGAUGUGAUGCAGCCUGGACCUCCUCCUGCUUCACCACGAGUUUCAGUGCGAUCUCAUCAUCUCCAGCAACCACUCUCUCUCUCUCAGCUGGCAGAGCUGAUCCAUUUUGCUGCUCUGGGGAAAUCAGCCGGCUUGCAGCAGCCCAGUUGGUGCCGUCUCCGCCAUCAUAAAAAGGUAACGGGUGUAAACAUUGUGAUCGUGGAGGGAGUGACGCAGAAUCUCUUCUAUAAGAAUUACCUCAUGAUGAAGCAUCUCAGGACAAGCUAUUCCACUAGGAUGACUUUUGCAUCACCGCCUAACAAUGUGGCAUCUGGAAUCUUUAGCAGUGAAGUACCUAAAGUUGACCUCAUAUCAGCUCCCAGACCAAAUGAUAAGCUUAAAAAAGCUCUGAAAAAUCAUCCAGUUGUCACUAAAUUUGGGAUGGAGAAGAAAGGACUAACAGCAUAUCUUCUAACCCAGGAGGAGAGGAUAAAAAGCCACUAUCCUGUCAAAGGGUUUGUAGGUUUUGAGGACUUCUUGUGCACAGAUUCAGUCGACUGUGUCUCAGACUGUAGUCCUCUAUAUGGACUCGACUGUGAAAUGUGUCUAACAGAAAAGGGCUACGAGUUGACCCGCGUGUCUCUAGUGGACAGCUGUGGGAAGUGCAUCAUGGACGAACUAGUGAAACCGCAGAACCGUGUCCUUAAUUAUCUCACAAAGUUUUCUGGCAUCACUGCAGCAAUGUUGCGACCAAUCACAACCACUCUGAGGGAGGUGCAGCAUAAACUCAGGGAGCUGCUGCCGGGGGACGCAGUUCUGGUGGGACAUUCCUUGAACAACGAUCUCGCGGCUCUGAAGGUCAUCCAUCCACAUGUGAUCGACACCUCGCUUCUCUACAAACGAGAACUGGGACAGAAAUUUAAGCUGAAGGUUCUGGCUGAGACGAUUCUAGAUAAGAAGAUUCAAACCGAAGAGAGAGAAGGUCAUGAUCCCAUUGAGGACGCUGCAGCGGCUCUGGAACUGGCUCAGUACUUCAUCGAAAGGGGACCAUGUCAGGUUGUUGAGCUCCAUCUAGAGGAUCUUUGGGGAUACAAGCUGGAGGAAGAACCUCCUGACUGCACUUCCAUCCUCACACCAAGUUUCAGGUUUGCUGACGUUCUGCAGACUCUGGGUCGCUCAGUAACCUUUUUAGGAAAGCGAGCUGAUAUUAGUCUGGACCUGUCCCAUCAGCAGUGGUUCAUCUCUGACAAAGAAAUGCUGGCGUCUUUCAAAAGACAAACCAAGAAGCCGUUCCUCUCCGUCCUUCAGUUUUCCUCGUUUUUGGACCACAUGAAGAGAUGCUUCCCUGACCAGCAGCAGCUGCACCGGAGUGUGUGCGCACACCUUCGAGGCAUGUGUGUGGUGUUUGCUGGGCCGUUCCCCGCAGGUUUCUCUGAGAAGAAAGUGAAGCGGCUGUUUGGCCGCUGUGGAGCAGUUCGGAGAAUUCAGAUGCUGAACACGAGUGUCAGAGUCCAUGCAGAGGUGGAGUAUGAGCUGCUGGAGGGAGCCGUGCUCGCUUUAAGAACUUUAAAUGGACUGAAUGUGAAGGGCCAGCCCAUUAAGGUGCAGAGGCCGCUGUCUGAGUCCACGUUAGACCUGGAUCUACAUCUUGACGCCCUGGAGGGCGAUCCUCUGAGUUCCCGUGUUCUCUACGCCGUCCUGAGUCGGAGCACGUCCACGCAGCUCAAUGGACAUAGUUUAAAUGGCAAACGCUUAGCAGCAGAAAAUGGGGUUUCAGCUGCAAAAAUCAACGGGCAGUCGCCCCUCAUGUCUGAAGAGAGUGUCAGAGAUUCGUUUAGUCGCUUUGGUGCGGUGAAGAGCAUCACGGUGCCGGAAAAAUCUGGAAAAUGUGCCAAACAUGCCUUCAUAAAGUUUGGAAGUCCAGAGGGCAAAGAAGCAGCUGUCAGCUCCUCUGAAGAUCUACAGCAAGACAACUACCUAAUUUGCCCAUCCUUGACUCCGCCUCAUUUAGUCACAUGGGUUGCCGCGACAACAACAUCAGCUGAAGGCACAGAUGAGAAGAUACUCAACAUUUGCCCUCAGGAAACACCCACAAAACCUGUGGAGGAGAAUCAAGGAACUGAUGUCAUGAUGAAGAAGCUGGACCGCCAGCUGGGAAAAGUGUUCCGAUCGCUCCCAGACGUUACCCUGUCUGUAGUCUUACUGGUUGGAGCUGGCAGCAUGGAGAGUGAACAUCCUGGUUUGUGUUUGCUGGAGGUCAAACAAACAAAAACAAAGUGUUUUCUUUAGCCGCUUGCAACCCAGAAGCCUAAGCUGAAUAACAUUUCAGAAACUGUGGCCUUCUAUGUGAGAUUGCACAAGGAUUUUUUGUUUUUGUUGAGAUUUAUGAAGUACGAUGGAAUCAUAUUUAUGACUUUAAAAGUCAUAGGCUAAAUGUAUUACUUUUUUCCUGUAAAUUCACAACUUUUAAUCUUGUAAAUUCAUGCUAAAAAAAAUUGUAAAUUUAAGCGAUUAAAAGUCAUAAAUUUACUGGGAAAAACCCAUAAAUUUUUUUUUCUUUUGGUGGCCCUAAAGCUCCAUCGUAAUGAAGCUUUGCUCAUACAUAUCCCUCAUUCAUGCUUUAAGUUUUAAGCUUUCAUAAAGACUUUACAAAUAAAGGUAUAAAAAGGAAAUCAAAUGUACUGAUUUUAAAUGUUUUAUUAGAUAAACUGAUUGGAAAAACUGUAACAUAAUGUGUUGGAGCCGGUAAGAAAAUCUACUAUAUAGAAUAAUAGUGAAUAUAUUUGGAAACCAAAAGAUAGUUUUCUUCUCUUGUAAAAUAGAUUUCUAUGGUUUAAGGAGACAUAAAGAAUUACAAAAAAUAAAAUAAA